GCCGACUGCCGUGGGAGACGCCUGUAUGCGGCUUUCGCCCGACAACGAAUACGAUCGUAACUGAAAACGAAACAUGAGAUGUAAAAAUAUAUAACAACAAUAAAUUUUAUAGUGUAUUUUCUGUGUGAAGUGUAUGACGAUGGCGGUUUUUUUGUGUGUGCUGUUGUUCGCUGUAGGAGCCUUGGGGUUCAAUGUGGAUGUACCUUCCAGGGUGGUGUAUACAGGGAACCAUAAUUCCAUGUUCGGAUUCACAGUGCAGUCCCAUAUGGAACACGGGCGGACUACGGUACUAGUGGGCGCUCCAGAAGACGAGCCCUACCAGGUGGAGGGAGUGACGCGGCCCGGCGCCGUGUACCGCUGCAACACGGCGCCGAGGGGAUACAAAGACAGAGGUCUCUCUGAAUGUGCGCUCAUGGACUUCGAUAAGAUCAGAGUGAACAACAAGGACCAGCGUCAUCAGCAGAUCGACCAGAAGUCCAACCAGUGGUUCGGAGCCACGCUCAGCAGCAGCGGCAGCAAUGGACCGAUUGUCGCAUGCGCUCCUCGCUUCGUGUCGUACGUGACCGCUAAACUGAACCAGCGAGAUCCUGUGGGCACCUGCUUCGUGGCCAAAACCCUCGACGCCAAGGACGUGGACGAAAUCUCCCCCUGUCGGACGAGCAGCCACGGGCAGCGAAAAUCAGGGGUUUGCCAAGCUGGAUUUUCAGCAGCCGUUGCCAAGGAUGGGAUGCGUAUGUUUAUGGGAGCCCCCGGCAGCUUUUUCUGGCAAGGGCGAACGUUUUCACUAGAUCUUACUAUCGAAGACCACUACUACUAUAUGCCGCCCAUACCAGAAGAAGGUCAAUUAUUCUCAAGAAAUUCGACGUACCUUAUUGCGACUACCGAAGCCAAUCCGAAAUACGAUGACUCUUACAUGGGCUAUUCUAUGACUGUGGGAGACUUUGCUGGGCCGGGAAUACAAAGUGUUGCUGUUGGUGUUCCUAGGGGAUCUGAUUUGAAAGGAUUGGUGGUUCUAUACACAUGGGAGCUAGAGCCUAUCAAGAAUAUCAGUGGUUCUCAAAUAGGAGCUUACUUCGGGUACAGUCUUGCAGCAGGUGAUUUUGAUGGAGAUGGCGCUGAUGACAUCGUUAUUGGCGCUCCGAUGUUUGUCAAGCCCAAAAGUGAUGGAUAUGAACAUGGGCGCGUGUACAUUGUCUACCAAGGACGGGAUAGGACUUUCACCAAGAAUCACGCUCGCACUGGUGAAGUGUCGCGAGGUAGAUUUGGUUUGGCUGUCACAUCCUUAGGCGAUAUCAAUUACGAUGGUUUUGGAGAUAUCGCUGUGGGUGCUCCUUACGCUGGUGAGAAUGGCCGUGGCGUGGUCUAUAUCUACCAAGGUAGUGCUCUGGGUAUUCGAGAGAAGUACUCGCAAGCCAUCACCGCAGAAGAGGUCUCACCCACCUUGUCAACCUUCGGCUUCUCUCUGUCGGGAGGAGUUGAUCUGGAUGGAAACAGUUACCCAGAUUUGGUUGUGGGCGCUUAUAAAUCUGAUUCGGCAGUGUUUUUCAAAUCCCGACCGGUGGUGCAAGUGACAGCAGAAGUUAAGUUCAUGGGUGACGACAAACUGAUCUCUCUGACAGACAAGAGCUGCCAAUUGCACAACGGCACCUUCGUCUCCUGCGCACACAUCAUGUUCUGCUUGACUUACGACGGAGUUAACGUUGAUCAGCAAAUAAAAUUCGAGGUGAAGAUCGAACUGGACUCGAGACAAAAGACCACAAAGAGAUUGUUCCUGGAGCGUCGGGAAACAACAUACACCACGCACAUUCUGGUGAUGCAAAAACAAAACUCUUGCAGAAACAUUACAGCUUAUCUUGAUGAGGAAAUCCGAGACAAACUAACCCCGAUAGAAGUAAAGAUGUCAUACAAUCUGGUGUCCCAGCCAUCUGGUGACGUAGUACCUCCCGUGCUAGACCAGAUUCAAAGCAUUGUCCACACCGACUCGCUUCACAUUCUGAAGAACUGCGGCCCGGAUAACAUAUGUGUACCGGACCUUAGAAUGGCUGCUACUUCCCCCGUUAUAAACUACCUCCUCGGCUCUGGUGAAAACAUCAACAUCGAUGUGAAAGUGGAGAACAUUGGUGAGGAUGCCUUCGAAGCUGCUUACUACCUCCAACUGCCCCCUGGCGUCACGUACGCGAAGAUGGAGAGACUGGACAAAGAUGUGGUGGACGUAGUACACAUUUACUGCACCGUGAAGAAUAAGGGACCAAGUGGAAAUAGCACCCUCAAAUGUGACUUGGGAAAUCCUUUGCAGAGCGGCAAGAAGGUCAACUUCAGACUGAUCCUGGAAGUGGACGCCCGAGUCAACAAGCUGGUGUUCGACAUGGAGACCAACUCCACCAACCCAGAGCAAGGCACUCGCUACGACAACGUGAAGAAGAUGGUCAUCGAUGUUGUUACCAAGGCGCACCUCUCUGUUAUAGGUACCUCAGAUCCGCCCGAACUCCACUACAACGCUUCGCUAUAUGACUCUGCGAACCUGACUGAUGACUCUCAACUUGGUCCUUUGGUCAUCCACAAGUACAACAUCAAGAACGAGGGCCCUUCCUCCGUUGGGGAAGCCGAGAUCAUCAUCAUGUGGCCGUACCAGACCUUGAGUGGCGAGAACCUGAUGUACAUGCUGGUGCAGCCGCAGUGGGUGGGCAACAUGAAGUGCGACGUGGCGCGCCACGUCAACCCCGACGAGAUCUACGUCCAGAACCCGUAUCUCUUCCACCUCAACAAGGAGAAGGACGCAAUGCUCAAGAGCGAACUGUACACCGCCUCUCAAAUAUCGGGAGGAAGCGGGUAUUACGGACAAAGUAAUUGGGAAAUCUCUCAAGGCAGCACCCACGUAUCUGGCAGUCAAUAUGGCGCAGGCCAGGCAUCAACAGGCCACUCGGCGACAGGCCAUGGCUACAGUCAAGGCCAAGGGUUCAGCCAAGGCCAAGGAUUCAAUCAAGGCCAAGGAUUCAAUCAAGGCCAAGGUUUUGCAUACAACAAAACCUAUGACGCAACUUUGUCCGUUGACGAACAAGAACAAAUCCGACGACAAUUGGCUUCUAUGAACAAGAAUCAAGCAUCAAAUUCGGGCCAAAGUUGGUCGAGUCAAGGGAAUUACCAAAGCAAUUGGCAAUCUGGGCAAGGGUCAGGUCAAGCUGGAUACGGUCAAGGAGGCUAUGUGAGGAUCAAGAAUAGGACGGUGCUUAUGGAUGAACAUGGAAGGGUUAUAUCUGAGUCGGAGACCAGUACGGAGUAUGGAAACUUGGGACAUGAAGGAGAAGCUGGGAGCUCGUUCAAUAAGUACGCAAACAGACGUUACGGAUCAGGCCAGCAUGUCUCUCAAGGCUCGCAAGCUGGCUCCAGUGUCUACCAGGGCUCCUCCCACGCCUACCAGGGCUCCAACAGCCAAGCCGCCGGUCAAGCGUUCGGCCAAAGUUCUAGCCAUGGUUCCAACCAAGGUUUCGGAUAUUGGUCAACAACAGAAACCGUUAAUCCUGAUAUCGCCAAAGCUGGUUCUUCAACUUACCGAGCGAACCUACCUCCGACGGUCGUAGGUGAUGAGGAAGAAGAUAAUAUUGGAGGAAUUGGUGCUUACGCAGCGCAAGGUUCUAAUAAUGAAUUUAAAUAUGGCAUUGCUGAUGUAACAAAUGCUGGGUCCCAAGGAGCUAGCCAUCAAUCUAGUGGAUCAUAUCAGGGAGGAAACAGUUAUCAAUCUGGAAGCGGCAGUUACCAGGGCGGUUACCAAGCCGGAGGCAGUGGUUACCAAGGAGGAAGUGGAAGUUAUCAAGCUGGCGGUGGUAGCUAUAGAGCCGGUGGUGGAUAUCAGACCAGCGGUGGAAGUUAUCAGAGAAGUGGUGGUGGAUACUCUUAUUCUUCACAAUCAGGUGGUGCAUCAUCGUACAGUUCACAUUCUGAAGGCGGCUUUGCAGCAUCAAGUGGAGGUCGAGAGGCUACUAGACGGCGUCGCCAAGAUCAGGUGGACACGCAAUUGAAGGAGAUACUAGAGAAAUGCGAAGAGAAGUACAAAUGCGCUGUAGUGAGGUGUACGACGGGAGCGCUCCUGAAGGACCAAGAAGUCUGGCUUGCCUUGAGGUCCAGAAUCAAUGCAUCAGUACUCAAUGAGAUCUCCAAAGAACGAGCCGUAAAACUAUCGACUCUAACGGCGACUCGAAUCUCGUACCUCCCAUCAGUGGGCCGGCCUCUCGACCAGUCCUGGCAUACGGCCGAGGCGCAAACUCUGAUCACACCACAAUUAGAAGCCCUGGAGAGUGGGAGCAUACCAUUGUGGGUGGUGGUGCUGGCAGCUGUCGCAGGAGCAUUGUUACUGCUUCUGUUGAUAUUUGCCCUAUACAAGUGCGGCUUCUUCAAACGCAACCGGCCGUCUGACCACGCGGAGCGCCAGCCGCUGAACGGCCACGACGAGCACCUCUGAUACCCGCACACAGAGCGCGGCGCCGGCGCCGGCGGCACUGAGCGCAGCAGCGGCUCCAGCGACUCCAGCUCGGGCACCGACGCUGCCAGUGACGUCACCAGCCGCGACUCCACCAGCCUGGACCGCUACUGACCUAAGAUGCUGGUCUACAGAUUCUAGGAAUACGCCUUUGUGGUUGUCGUUUUUGUUUGGAAUGUCCUCAGCUUUUUAGGGGUCGGGUUGAUAGGGAAAAUUUUGGGUUUUAAAUUUUAAAGGUGCUGAGUAUCUAUAUUUUCUAUCUUUAUUGUUCCUUUUCUUAUUAUUGACGGACUAUUGUAAUUUUUUUCUCUCAUGAUAUGAAUUAACUUAGGCACUUUGGGUAACACCAAAGUAAUUUAGUUUAUUUAUUUCACUUUGCAUGUUAUAUAAAAAAAAAUCUUGUCUUUUAUAAGAUAUUUUUCUUGUUUUCUGAAUAUAAAAAAAAAUCUUCUUUUAUUAUGUUACGAGUAUCAAUGAAUUUUGGAAGACGAAAGUAAUGUCAUUAUUACUUCUUAAAUUUUAACAUCAAAAAAACAUAUGUAUAUUUCCCAAAUAUUCCUAGUAAUCUGUAGAUUAGUUUUUAAUAUAAAAGGUUUUUUUCUACACAACCAGCAACACAGUUUUAAAAAAUUGACAAACUACGUUUUUCUUGUAAGUAACUGAUGCCACAAUUUUUAGAAUAGUAAAAAGACCAUAUUGUUGUCAAUCUAGUGGCCAUUGUGUUUUAGUCCGGAUUAUUGAAUGAUGAAGCAAUAGAUGUUUCUGUAUAAAUAAUAUUUAAAAAUAUAUAACAUUCAUCAUCAUAUUUAUAUAUUCACAUCAUUUUACUUUUAAUGUAACGCAGAAUGCAGAAAAUUUAAUAAUGUGCCUAAUGAAUUAAAACAUCAGUGCCUUAAGACUUUUUUUAAUAAAAAUUAGUUCAAAGGCCUUUACUGCUGAAUUUUAUAUUGAUAUUUAAAUAUCUUUAAUAAUAAUGUAAUUGUAUGACUAGUCACGAUAUUAUAUACUUACAUAAAUAUUCACGUUGGUACGCCAUAUUAGUAAAUAUAGAAAAGAAGUAGGUAAGAGAAUGAAAUCUCGAAGUGUGAUAAUGUAAAAAUGAAAGAAUAUGGGUUUUCACGGCAUUUUUAUCCUCUGAAAUUAAAUACAGAAUGUAAAAAAGUAAUUAUUUUUUUUUAUUUCGUGAUAAAAACAAUACAUGUUCUGGAGGAUAGCAUUUUUUUUUUAAUUUGAAUUUAAUGUUCUUUGUCAUUAAAACCAAAUGUUGUGAAACCCAAGUGUGUAUUCUGUAUGAAUGGGAGUUAAUAAGAAAUGUGAUCUAAGUAAAUAAUAUUUAGGACUAAAAUAAGUUGUAUCUUAUGUCUAAAUCAAUGACAGACCGACUAAUAUCAGAAAUAAUUUUACUAAUAGACGUACAAUGAAUUAACUAUUUUUGGGAGGCAUUAAGGUUUUAUCAGUCUUUAUAUACUACAUAUAAAAUAUAAAAGGUUUUCCAAAUGAGAAAACGUAAAAACGUAUAAUUGAAUUGUUAAGAAGUCGAAUUAAAAAAAUAUAUCUUAAAUCUGAAGACCUAUCUUUGAAUGAGUAUUUUUUUUUUGUUCGAAUCGUGAAAGUAUACAAAUUUAAAUAAUGUCAUAUUUAAUAUACCUAGACAUUUUAAACAUUAAGUAAACCUUUAUGUUACUUCUGUUGUAAAAAAAUACAUAUCUCUAGGAGUUUUAAACUAUUUGUGUAGAGUGUUCUGAUAGCAAUACAUAGAGUAAGAGAAUUAGAGCUUUUGUGCUUUUUAGGGGAAAAAGUGCCUUCUGGAACUGCCAGUUACUAAUUAUUAUUAAUGUAAAUAUUUUAUAAAUAACAUUUUAUUACCAUUUUUCCAUAAAAAAUUUAAAUGUAUCUUUAGAUAGUAUUGAAAAAUCACACUUUUUUAUUAAGUAUUUUAAACCCAUGUACUUAAUAAGUUUUAAGAUUUUUUUUUGCAAAACAAUGUAUGGUAUAUAAGUAUGGAGUGGAAAAAUAUUUUAUUUUUUUAUGGAAAAAUGGUAAUUUGAUUAAAAUUGAGCCUCGGUGGCAAUUGUUAAUUUUAUUUUUUAAUUAUUUAUUUGAUGAUAUAUUAAGAGUCCGCUUCUACUUAUAGCUCAUUUUAAUUAAACUAAACGUUUAUUGCCAUAUUUAAAAAGUGAACACGUCUAAUGUCUAUGGUUUACAGAAAUGUAUUUUGGUUGUUUGUCUCGGUAAUUCAUUUGCAUUUACCAAAAACUUUUAAUAAAAAUUGUUUUUUUUUUUACUUA